UUCUAUUACAGUAAAGGGAAAGUGAAAGUAUCAGCGGAGAAUUCCCCUAUGCAGGCGGCGCCUCCCCUCCCCCUCCAUAUACUCCACCGAGCGACACCGGGCACCGAUCAGAGCGGAGCACAGCACCGAGCCGUCCCCUCCAUAGAAGCCCGACUACCCGGAGAAAGCACAGGAGCCCGGACACCUACCACACCGCCCGGGGACGGUCCCCGACUGUUUUUCACAAUGAUAUCCUUCGCUUUUCCACUCGUUGUCUUCUUGCUGGACUCCACUCUAAGUUAUGUAUUGUCCUUCCUUGUGUAUAAAUACUACCCCAUAUAUUUCCUGGAUGUGGUGUGGCUGGUGAAUCUCAUUAAAGUCCCCCUUCUUAGAGAAGUAUCCCAGAAACUCCCACGUCCAUGGUGGAUCCCAUCACCUCUUCUCUUCAUCCUGACGCUUUGCCUAGCGCCUCCUCUGCACCAGACGCUCCGAUUCCUUCUCUUGUCCCAGGCGCCAGAGCUACACUCUGGUCUAGCCAGCUCUCUGCUCUAUCACCUGUCCUCGUCUCUGGCCUGUAUCCUCUGGGAUCUCCUGUCCCCUUUAAUAUUUUCAGAAGAUCCCGAGGGAGAUAAAAAUGGAAAACAGAAGGAAAGGAAGAACUUCUUCAGGCUGGUAAAGCUUUCCAAGCCAGACUGGCCUUUCCUGUCCUCGGCUUUUGUGUUCCUGAUACUCGCAUUGUCACUUGAAAUGUCUAUUCCAUAUUACAUGGGGCGUGUGAUCGACAUCUUGUCCAACAACUACAAGGAGACAGAGUUCCUGAAGAACAUCGUAUUUAUGGCCUUCUUCUCUCUCACAAGUUCUGUCUGUGCAGGAUGCCGGGGAGGAUUCUUCAUAUUCUGCUACUCUCGUCUCAAUAUCCGCUUACGGGAACUCCUCUUUCGAGCAUUUUCUAAACAGGACAUUACCUUCUUUGAAACAACGAAAACAGGUGAGAUCACGUCCCGGCUGUCACAUGACACAACGCUCGUUAGCCGUUCCAUCGCCGCCAACGUGAACAUCACCCUGCGGAUGCUGGUGAAAUGUAUCGGUCACCAUUACUUUAUGAUAUUGGUGUCCCCGAAGCUGACUCUGCUCACCCUUAUCAGCACACCACUCAUCUGGAUUGUACAGAGCCUAUACAACAAGUAUCACCAGGAUCUGGUGAAGAAGGUGCAGGAUUCUAUUGCCAGCUCCAGCGAUCUGGCUCAAGAGAUCAUUGAAUCUGUAAGGACAGUAAAGAGUUUUGCUGCGGAGGAAGAAGAGGGAGAGCGCUAUUCCAAAGCUCUGACAAAGACACAUCGCCUGCAGUGCAAGAGGGAUCUGGUCCGAGCGAUAUACCUUCUUGCUAUCAGGACCAUUAACCUAGGAACUCAGGUGGCAAUGUUGGUGUAUGGGAACAAGUUAAUCCAGAGUGGAUCAAUAACCAGCGGGCAGAUGGUGUCCUUCAUGUUGUACCAAAUAGAGUCCGGAGACUAUUUACGGUCUGUAUUUCACAUGCUCAGUGAGAUCACUCAUUCUGCCGGAGCCUCCGCCAAAGUAUUCCAGUACUUGGAUCAGCAGCCUAAGGUCUCCACAUCUGGAAUUCUGUGUCCUGAAAAUGUACGCGGAGUGUUCGAGUUCAAGAAUGUAACAUUUUCUUACCCUUCCCGUCCCGAGACUCCUGCCCUGAAGGAUGUGUCAUUCACUCUUAAGCCUGGCACUGUCACGGCUAUAGUGGGGCCCUCUGGUGGUGGGAAGACGACAUGUGUGGCGCUGCUGGAGAGAUUCUACGAGCCUCAGAGUGGAGAAAUCUUACUUGACGGAAUACCACUGGCCGAAUAUAAGCACCAGUUCCUCCACAAUAAGGUUGCUCUGGUAGCUCAAGAUCCCGUCCUGUUUGCUGGAACAGUCAAAGAAAACAUUGCUUAUGGUCUUAAGAGCCCUUCUGAAAAGCAGCUGGUGGAAGCAGCAAGGAAAGCUAGAGCUGGUGGUUUCAUUGAAAGAAUGGAUAAGGGAUAUGACACAGAUGUUGGCAGCAGCGGAGCUCAGAUGGGUGCUGGGCAGAAGCAGCGGAUCGCUCUUGCGCGUGCUCUCUCACGCCUUCCCAAACUGCUUAUUCUAGACGAGGCUUCAAGCUGUCUUGAUGUUGAAACAGAACACGAGAUCCAGCAGUCUCUACAGAGUAUUCCGGACCUCUGUCUUCUGAUCAUCGCCCACAGGCUGCGCACUGUACAAAAAGCCGACCAGAUCCUGGUCCUGGAAGAGGGACGGCUGGUGGAGAGUGGGACUCAUGAUGACCUUGUAGGGAGAAGAGGAGUCUAUCUAAAGCUCCUGCAGAAUCAUGACUGAUGUUGACUCAAGAUGAUAGUGUUACUGAUGGACUGAGCUUAUCAAAACCAAACAAGUUGUCUUGGUUUUGUGAAUGAUGCACUUUCACAAUGGUAACCACGGUGCCCUAUGAAUGCACAAACAUAGUGUUACAGUAAGCAACAAAGCAACGUUUCUAUAAAUGACCACUAUAGAACACAGUACUUGACGUGGCGUGUGACAAAAAAACAGAAACACUCAAAAAAUAAAAUAAAAACUAUUCUGUGGUCAUGUUGGAAAUGCUUGGACAUCAAGCCUACUGUUGAUAACUGCACACCCUACCGGUAGGAUGUGCCUUUCUCCUAUUUGGUCAAUUGGAUGCUUUUAUUCUAUGUUGUAAUACUAUUUUUGAUAUGUUGUCUACGAACAACAUUAUUUAAUAAAAUUUGAUACGUUUUUGAUACAUAA